UAAGCGAGAGAGAGCUGAGUGGCGAGAUCGAUUAGCUAGUAGUGACAGUGAGCUGAGUGAUCACACGCCUCGAUCGAUCGGUUGGUCGGUUAGCUAGCUAGCUAGCGCACGCAUGGCUGCUGGCGGCAGAUGGUCGCUGGCGGCGUUGGCCUUAGUUGCCAUGGCGGUGGUUUCUGCUGCUGAGACCUGGCCGCCGGCUCCACACGCAGUGGUGGCAAGGAAACGGCCGGGUGAUUGCCGGGGUGUUGCGGACGCGCACUGCCACGGCACCAUCGGAGAGGCUCUCAAGGACGAAGCUGCGGCGCUCCGUGUGACGACGGGAGCGAAGAAGGGGCACGUGCCGCGGCUUGUCAUCCUCAUCACAGCCGGCGAGUACAAGGAGCAGGUGCACAUCACCCGACGGAACGUCGUCCUGCUCGGCGAGGGCAGAGGCAAGACUAUCAUCUCCGGCAAUCUCAGCAACAGGACGGGGACGGAGAUGUACAUGACGGCCACAGUCAAUGCUCUGGGGCACGGCUUCGUCGCCCAGAAUCUUACAAUCCUCAACAGCGCCGGGCCCGAUGGAAAGCAAGCUGUGGCGCUGAGGUCCAACUCCCAUAGAUCGGUGGUAUAUGGUUGCAGCAUUGAAGGGUAUGAGGAUACACUGUACGCAGAAAACGGCGCGCAGGUAUACCUGGACACGGAUAUCUACGGUACCGUAGAUUUCGUGUUUGGGAACGCGAGAGCGGUGUUCCAGCGCUGCCGCAUCCGGGUGCGGGAGCCCCUCAGCGGCAAGCAUAAUGUAAUAACUGCCCAAGGCUGCAACAAUAAGACGUACCAAGACUCGGGGUUCGUGUUCCACCGAUGCACGGUGGAAGCGGACCCGAACCCGAUUCGGGAUCCAGUCAGCGGUGAACCCAUCGGGUUCCAGAACCUCACUGGCGUCGAAACCUACCUUGGCCGGCCACACCGGAACUUUUCACAUGUGGUUUUCAUGCAGUCGGAGCUGGGCGCCAUCGUCCACACCGAUGGAUGGGUGGCGUGGGACAAGAACCACGUCAUCAAGGAGACGACGGAGAGUGUCAAAUAUUUGGAAUUUAACAACACUGGUGCUGGAGCGGACACGGCCAGACGCGUCAACUGGACUGGCGUACAGGUCAUCCACGACGCGGCCCAGGUGACAAAGUACUGCAUCGACAACUUCGUCGCGGGCAAGGAAUGGAUUCCCCAGCAGAUCCCAUACGACCACGAGAUCCCCCGCGGGAUCGUCGUCUAGCCUGCCCAUCCGCAGCAAGCAUCAGUCUCGAUCGGUCUCUGGGUCUCUCGCGCGCGGCAGCCUCGCUCAUCUCCAGCUGCGCGCGCGGUCGUCCGUCAAGUCGUCUCCAUCUGUACGUGUGUGUGUGUGUGUGGGCGCGCUGCACUGCUGCUGCUGCUGUCCCGCCGGCUACAUCGAGUCCCUCUCGAGAUCUCAUGCUGCAUGCAUGCAUUCUCUCCAUCCAUUGUCAUUGGCUUUUAAUUUGCUUGCCAUGCCAUCCAUCUACGAGCGAGCGAGCAGCAGUUUGACAUAUGCCAUACCAUCUACUCCUCCUAGCUAUACAGAUCCAUCGAUCCACGUACCCAUCCCAUCCAUUGCCUGCUUCACUGUACUAGCUUCCUCUCUCUCUCUCUCCUGCGUCCAUCUCCCGCCCGCACCGCAGGAUGAUAUCUGAUCCGUACGUCGUCAGCUUGAAUUGCUUCUGUACCAUCACCUGCGGCCCCGCGUGCCCUUACCCUGCCUUGGGUUGGGCCUUGCCUUGCCGCUGCUAGUAAUCACAAAUAAUUGAAUCCGUACCUACGCCUACAAAGAUAUAUAUACCAUGGUAUUUGUAUUAUUGUUGUACAUAUAUUUUCCUCUCUUUUUUUCGCCAAAGUGUUGUACAUUUGUGCGUGCG